AGAGAGAGAGAGAGAGAGAGAGAGAGAGAGAGAGAGAGAGAGAGAGAGAGAGAGAGAGAUUCUUUUGAGGAUAGAAUAGUGGUGGUUUUGGAGGUGCUUUUCAAAUAGAUAUUAAGGUCGAGGGUCAUAGUUGAGAUGUGGGCGUGCCCUCCGCACACACUGACUUCACAAUAAUAUUGUUGCCUCUCUAACGCUUUUUUUCUUCUUUUUUUUCAUGUGAACCCCAUUUUACUACCUAUAUUAGCAUGGCCCACAACCCUUCUCUCUCUCUCUCUCUCUCUCUCUCUCUCUCUCUAGUCCCUACAGUUUAGGUGGUUGGCUCUUCUUCAAGGGAUGGACCCCACUCUAAGUACACUAAUAGCCAUGAUACCUAAGCUUUUCAUGCAUUUUUGGACCCUUCCAUGCCCUACUCCCAUUAUAAAUUAUGACUGCGGUACCCUUUACGAUAUCAAAACCCCUCCCUCUCCUUGUUUGUUCUAGCUCCUUCAAUUCCAUUCUCUCACCGCCAAGAAGUUUUCUUUUUUCUUUUCGGUUUUUCUUUGUUAUAAUGGCUGAGGAUCAUAUGAAUCUAUCAAUAAACGGCCAGUCUCAAGUUCCUCCGGGCUUUCGGUUCCAUCCAACUGAGGAGGAGCUUCUCCAUUACUAUCUGAGGAAGAAAGUGGCCUUUGAGAGGAUUGAUCUUGAUGUGAUUCGAGAAGUUGAUCUCAAUAAGCUCGAGCCAUGGGAUAUUCAAGAGAAGUGCAAGAUAGGUUCCACCCCACAAAACGAUUGGUACUUUUUCAGUCACAAAGACAAGAAGUACCCGACCGGAACUCGAACCAAUCGGGCAACGGCUGCCGGGUUUUGGAAGGCCACAGGGCGGGACAAGAUCAUCUACAGCGGCUUUAGAAGAAUUGGGUUGAGAAAGACGCUUGUGUUUUACAAGGGGAGAGCUCCUCAUGGGCAAAAGUCGGAUUGGAUCAUGCAUGAAUAUAGGCUUGAUGAAAGCAACACCCAUGACACCACCGUUUGUAAUUCAAUGGCCGAGUCAAUGGCCGAAGAUGGGUGGGUGGUAUGCCGAGUAUUCAAGAAGAAGAAUUAUCAGAAAGCCUUAGAGAGCCCUAAAGCCUCCUUCUCCAUGGAAUCAUCAAGCAACCAAAUACACAGUUCCAGAAACGAUGGGGUGCUUGAUCAGAUACUCAUGUACAUGGGAAGGACUUGCAAGCUCGAAAACCAUGACCAAUCCUUGAAUAACUUAUCAGAAAGAUUUAUGCAUCUCCCAAGGCUCGAGAGCCCAACUCUUCCAACUUUUGAUCAGGACCGUAGCUUCAAAGCUUGCUACCAGGCCAUUGAUGAGAUGCUCAUAGACACUCCUUCUUCAACAAACCAACCAAGUAAUGGUUGUGACAAUAAUGACCCAGUUGAAGAUCAUGAUGAGUACCCCAAAACCAGGCUAAAUGACUGGGCUACCCUUGACCGCCUUGUGGCAUCUCAGCUGGGUCAACUCAACGGCCAAGAUCAAGAGACCUCAAAGCACAACCUGUCAUGCUUUGGUGAUCCAAACAUGGCUUUUUGUUCUUCUCCUCCACAUGAUCAUGAUCAUGACCAUGACGUACAACUAUCAUAUCCAUACCUACGUACAAGUAGAUCCCAUCACCAAUCUGAAGUCUACAGCAACGAGAAUGAUCUUUGGAACUUCACCAAAUCGCCGUCAUCGCCGUCGUCGUCAGACCCACUGUGCCACUUGUCUGUAUAAGGGAAGCACUUGGACCGACAUAUAUUCUAUAUACAUAAUACAAUAGUAGCUCUUAAUGCUUAAUUAAGAAGUACAUGUAGGGCAGUACGUAUAUGUUUACAUGAGAAUAAUAUAUACUUGUGACCAAUAAUAAAAAAAAUUAAAAAAAAAAGAUUAAAUAAAUUAGGUGGUAAUUGAGAUAGUGUGGCAUUGUCAACCAUUAUCUUUUUCUUAAAUAAACAUGUCUUUCCAUUAAAGUUAGAAAUUUGUUGAGAGCUGUCACAUGCAUGCUCUUAAUUUCUAACUUGUAAUUAUGCUCUCAUCCUUUUCUGUUAACUGUAUUGAUAAGCUUGGCGAAUCAAUGAUAGCAUUGUGCUGACUUUUGAUCGUA